AACCGCUGACCAAGGCGGGAAGACAUCAAAACAAAAUGGCGGCGUGCACUGACGGAGUUUUAGCCGGAACUUUGGGAGGCAGUUUGGCUGAUAAAGUUAAUAACAGCAAAAUCCUCGUCGUUGGAGCCGGGGGAAUCGGUUGCGAGCUACUGAAAAACCUUGUUUUAACUGGAUUCAAGAAUAUAGAUUUGAUUGAUUUGGAUACCAUAGACGUCAGUAAUCUUAACAGACAGUUCCUCUUCCACAAGCAGCAUGUCGGCAAAUCAAAAGCAAAGGUUGCAAGAGAGAGUGCUCUACGAUUCAAUCCAGAUGCUAAGAUUGUUGCAAUUCAUGACAACAUAACAAGUCCUGAGUACGGAAUUGACUACUUUAAGCAGUUUGAUGUGGUAAUGAAUGCAUUGGAUAACAGAGCGGCCAGGAACCAUGUGAAUAGAAUGUGUCUGGCAGCUGAUGUGCCGCUGGUGGAGAGUGGCACUGCAGGCUACCUUGGCCAGACCACCGUGAUCAAGAAAGGAGUGACAGAGUGCUACGAGUGUCAACCCAAACCCACCCAGAAAUCCUUCCCAGGGUGCACCAUACGUAACACUCCCUCUGAGCCAAUCCACUGCAUUGUAUGGGCGAAGCACUUAUUCAAUCAGCUUUUUGGUGAGGCUGAUGCAGACGAGGAAGUCUCCCCAGACACGGAGGACCCUGAAGCUGUUGGGGAGGCGGGGGCUAAUGCAGCACAGGACGGUGCAGCGGCAAACAAUGGCGGAGAAAUACAAAGACAAUCCACAAGGCUCUGGGCUGAGCAAAUAGGAUAUAAUCCUCUGAAACUCUUCAACAAGCUGUUUAAUGAAGACAUCAAGUACCUUUUAUCUAUGGAUAAGCUGUGGAAGAAGAGAACCCCUCCCACUCCCUUAUUAUGGGAUACUGUGACAACAGAAAGCCAUUCAUCUGAGAAUGGAUCAGAUGAUAGUCAACUGCAAGAUCAGAGGGUCUGGAGUGUACAAGAAUGUGCUAAGAAAUUCAGCACAAGUAUUGAGAGUCUUAAGAUUGAGCUGUCCACCAAAGGAGAAGACUUGUCAUGGGAUAAGGAUGAUCCUGCAUCAAUGGAUUUUGUGUGUUGCGCUGCUAACAUCAGAGCCCAGAUCUUUGGAAUACCCAUGAAAAGCCGUUUUGAUAUAAAAGCUAUGGCAGGCAACAUUAUCCCUGCCAUUGCCACCACCAAUGCCGUCAUCUCUGGGAUUAUAGUCAUGCAAGGCCUAAACAUCCUUGCUGGUAAACUGGACAAAUGUAAAACUAUUUAUCUAAACCGACAGCCAAAUCCAAGAAAAAGAAUUCUGGUUCCAUGUGCACUUGUGGAACCCAACCCAAAGUGUUACGUAUGUGCCUCAAAACCUGAGGUGACUGUUUUUGUGAAUACUGAGACGAUGACUAUCCAAGCUCUUGAAGAAAAGGUUCUGAAAGAGAGGUUUGGAAUGAUAGCUCCUGAUGUAGAGAUUGAUGAUGGCAAAGGCACUAUCAUCAUAUCAAGUGAACAAGGUGAAACCGAAGAUAACUUGCCAAAGGCACUGGCUGAGUUCAACAUCAUCAAUGGAAGUCGACUGAAAGCAGAUGAUUUCUUACAAAACUACGAACUGGUCAUCAACAUAAAGCACAGGACAGAUCUAGAAACCGAUCAAGAGUUCGAAGUCGAGGGAGACAUUCCCGAACCAGGCUCUCCCGGUCCUGCCCCUGUUGAACCUUCAAACGAACCCGGACUCCCUAGCAAUGGCGACACCGCCAGUCAGGACGAGCUCAUGGUCGUGGAAAAUGCUACGCCCUCACGAAAACGAAAACUCGACGAGAACUCCCGAAUAGCUCCCGAGCAGACGAAGCGUGUCAGAGUUGAACCCGACGAUGACGACGGUGUGAUAGUGCUUUGAUGGCAGAACCUACGGGGAAGAUGGCGGGGAAAUCAAGCAAAGUAAUUUAUACGCUACUGAGACAACUCUAAAUAGUAUACAUAGUGUAAACGCCUGCAUAGAAGAGGGUUGUCCCAUACAUUCAGCCGAAACUCGACCCACGACCACGGACGCUAGGAUAGUCCCAGUCUUUAUAAAAUUAUCUGUAUUUGAAAAUUUAAAUUCAAUCAGAAUCGUUAUUUGUGUUCAUCUAGUGAACUAUUGAUACCCGCUAAACCUGAGCCAGUUUACACUUUUCUCACCUUUAAAAUGAUCCUAAUAUACCCUCCGAUCUUUGAAGAACCCUUAGAAACCCUUUAAACAGCCACAAACCUCGUUAAGACUGGGGCUAUCCUAUCGCCCGUGAUCAGAUCAGGUGGUGAAAUGACAUCUUGGCCGUUGAAUGUCAUUGGCUUUUCUUUCGUUGUUGCUAUUGAUGAUGUUAGGCUUCGCAAAGCCCUUGAAAACUCGCCAAAAGUGGUAAACCCAGGAACGGCAACCAAGAACAACAUACAUCAGUACACAUACCCAUCGGUGAACAUUUUACUUCCAGUCAGAUUAAGCUUUUCAAAGUGUAUUUAUUACCGGACAAAGUAUAGGGUCAAAGCGCCGACCAGUCGAAGUUUGCAUAUUGAAAAAAAAAAAGUGUAAUAAAGGUGCACCUUUGGAGUCUUA